UUCAGUCUGACUAAUGUCAUAUGUUUUCCUUUUCAUUGUCAAGUGUGAACUGUGUAAACAUUUGACCUCUAUUAACUCUGUAAUUUAUCUAUAGUUAAUAGUUAAAUUAAUUUAAUAAUUACAUUUCACGAGCUUUAGUUUCAAUCUCGUUUUCACCGUGUGCUGCAAGGUUAACUGUUAAUCAGAGUUGUGCAGUUGAUAAGUUAACAGUUUAAUUAGUGGCAUUCAUUUAGUAAUAUUUAAAAGGACAUAACCCAUUUAGCUGUUUUUAUAACUACUAUUAUGGAAAACGUAGAAGAUUUUCAGUUCCCACACACCUUCGUUUUAUUAGGAGCUUCAGGAGAUUUAGCAAAAAAGAAAAUCUAUCCUACUAUUUGGUAUUUAUAUAGAGAUAACCUACUACCAAAAAAUACAAAGUUUAUUGGAUACGCUCGUACUAAACAAACUAUACAAGAGGUGAGAGAAAAAUCUAAAAAGUAUAUGAAAAUUCGACCUGGAGACGAAAGCAAAUUAGAAGAAUUUUGGGAUUGUAAUGAUUACAUAGCUGGAUCCUAUGAUAAGAGAAUUGACUAUGAGUUACUAAAUCAACACAUAAGUAAAUAUGAAAAAGGGCUUGUAGCCAAUAGAAUAUUUUAUUUAGCGGUUCCUCCAACAGUCUUCGAAGAUGUAACAGUGAACAUUAAAAAUGCUUGUAUAUCAAUCAAAGGGUAUACCCGAGUGAUUAUUGAAAAGCCUUUUGGUAGGGAUGAUGUAAGCUCUGAGGCUCUCAGCAAUCACUUAGCUUGCUUAUUCAGAGAGGAGCAGCUAUAUAGAAUAGACCAUUACCUAGGAAAGGAAAUGGUUCAAAACCUAAUGACAAUUCGUUUUGCUAAUCAGAUCUUUAGUCCCUCUUGGAAUAGAGAAAAUAUUGCAUCAGUUCUAAUUUCUUUUAAAGAACCAUUUGGAACUGAAGGUAGAGGAGGAUAUUUUGAUGACUUUGGAAUGGUUCGUGAUGUAAUGCAAAACCAUUUAUUACAAAUUCUUUCACUUGUUGCUAUGGAAAAACCAGUGACAUUAAAUCCAAAUGACAUAAGAGAUGAAAAAGUAAAAGUCCUGAGGCAUAUAAAACCAAUAGAAUUAAAUGACAUACUUGUUGGACAGUAUGUUGGAAAUCCUAAUGGUCAGGGAGAAGAAAAGUUAGGUUAUCUGGAUGAUCCUACUGUCCCUAAAGAUUCAGUUACUCCAACAUAUGCUGUUGCUGCCCUUUAUAUAAACAAUUCUAGGUGGGAAGGAGUACCUUUUAUUCUACGUUGCGGAAAAGCCUUGAAUGAAAGAAAAGCUGAAGUCAGGGUUCAAUAUAAAGAUGUUCCUGGAGACAUAUUUGAAGGUCACACUAAAAGAAAUGAAUUAGUCGUGAGAGUCCAACCCGGUGAAGCACUAUAUUUAAAGCUGAUGUGUAAAUCACCAGGUAUGAAGUUUGAUUUGAUGGAAACAGAGUUAGAUUUGACAUAUAGUAUGCGUUACAAAGAAACUGAUGUCCCUGAUGCAUAUGAAAGACUCAUUCUUGACGUAUUUACUGGAUCUCAGAUGCAUUUUGUUAGAAAUGAUGAGUUAAAGGAAGCAUGGCGAAUCUUUACACCAGUUUUAAAACAACUAGAAGAACAACAAGUGAAGCCUAUUCCAUAUCUUUAUGGCUCUCGUGGGCCACCAGAAGCUGAUUCAAAACUAGCAGAAUAUGACUUUAAGUAUUCUGGAUCCUAUAAAUGGCAAAAGCCGACAAUGUCUUGACUAUAAUUUUUUACAAGUUUAACAUUUAGAUUUCUGGCAGUGGUUUUAUGGGGCAGUAAAAUGGUACUUGCAUAAUAUUUUAAAGAAUUAAUAAUAAU